UGAUGAGGGGAGUGGAACCUCAACCCAGCACGUUAUCGUGAUAGAGUCUGCAGAGGCUGCAGGUCCUGGGGUCAAGCAGGAGAGGACUGAAGGAGAGAAGGACCCACGGCACAGCAGAAACAUCCAGACUGAAACAGCGGCUGUAGCCACGGAGGACCUCGCCACCGCCGCCAUGCCCCAGGCCAGGACCAGACACAGCAUCUUGGAGGAGGAGGAGGGUCCAGAGGUGCUGCUGGUGAAGGAGGAUGGUUGUGAGGAGGGUCUGGGUAACACUGAGGAGACCAUGGUCAUGGAGGACAACCAGACUACACCUCCUCCUGAACCCACAGAGGAACCAGCUGAGCAGCACAGGACCACACACAGUCUCACUGAGUCAGUAGACAUGGAGGAUGGGAAGCUUGAUCUGCUGCUGGUCAAAGAGGAGACAAUCGAAGACGAACCAGAAAGCAUUGACCUGCUGAGUGGACUAAAGAUGGGGGAGCAAGGUGGUUGGCUGGAGGCUAACAGAGGAGACUGGGCGGCCGUCUUGGAUUUUCAGACCCAGACGGGUGCAGCCAAGGGCCCAGGGGACAACAUUACCGAGCAGGCCAGGACCAGAGGCGACAUAGUGGAGUCUGCAGUCAAUGAGGACCAGCUGAUGUCUGGUGUUGCUGGCGGAAGAGACUGGACAUCUGAGGUGGGUGGUCACAAACCCUGGCCCCAGAUCAAAACCCUGGAUCUGGAGCCAUCACUCUUCCUUCCCGAGUCGGAACUAGUACCCAACCGCGAGGGAAAGAGACUCCACCACAACCACUACACAGAACACAACCAGUGGACAGGUGGACUGAACAACCUCAGUCCUGGUGGUCAUCAGAGAGACAGAGGCUCCAAUCAGGGAUCCAGUAUGCAGCCCAGACCCUUCUCUUCACAGUCUCAGUGCAGGGAUGGAGCAGGUCCUGGGGCUGAUAGAGAUCGACCCUCCUGUUCCUAUGAUACAAACACCACAGUAUCAAUGAUGAACAGAGCAGGUCACCCUGGGCUUCAGCCUUCAGAGAGAGUGGUGGGAGACCCCCCUGGUGGUAGUCUAUCAGCAAGUCUGUCUUCUCCUUCAGGGCCUCGUCCAAUGCCUGGUGACUUGGUUAAUAGAAGGUCUGGGCCUGGGUCUAGCCUUCCUCACUUACCUCAGGUUUACCCCACCAAUACAGACAGGGUCAGGAUGGGCGUUCACCAUAAGAGGUACCUAGCAUAUAACACAGCACACAAUCCCAACAACACCCAAACAAUGGCUAGAGGUCAAGGAGGGAGCUCAAAAACGCUUGCUUCUACCUCCUCUGGUGUCAUUGAGUCACAAUGUGGGAGGCCGAGCAUUAGGACGGACGCCGACAAGCCGUAUGCCUGCCCCACGUGUGGGAAGCGCUUUGCUGAGGCAAGGUAUGUGAAGCAGCACCAGACUGUUCACACCAAGGACAGCUUCAAUUGCAAAUUAUGUCACAAGAGCUUCUCCUUCCUGAGUAGCCUUAUCAGACAUAGGAGUGUCCACAAUGGGGAGAAAUCGUAGCAGUGUGUCUUGAGAUGUACGCAGAGGAUAUCUGGGAAUCAUUCCUUAUCUGACAUAUUAUAGUUAUAAUGUUUAGUGUCUUGGGAUAAGAGGGUAAUUAACCACAUACCCCUUAUUAACCCCUUUAACUUAGAAUUAUUUAACAGGCUUGUGUUAAUAACUGUUUUUUAGAGAGAUAGUAAACCUAGGCUAGAACAAGUAUAGUUCAAUAUUCUCUGGUCUGAUGAAACCAAGAUUGAACUCUUUGGCCUGAGUGCCAAGCGGCGCGUCUGGAGGAAACCUUGCACCAUCCCUAC